UAUGUUUUCACUGUCGGUAACUUGGUACGUCACAUGUUGUUUUGCUUCUCUACUUCAGUCACUGGAUGUGCUGCGCUAUUUACACAGCGGCCGAGACCAGGAGAACAGCUCUGUGGCGGGCGGGCGGGCGCUGAGGAUCAUGGCUGCACCUGACUGGACUGCCGCCUGUUUAUUUCACCGCUGCACUUCUGGAGUAAAGUGCGUCUGAGGCGAUGUCCGCCGCUUACACCAUGUUCCUGCGUAGCUGAGUGCUGCCCCUGGUCGUGUGUACACAGCGCGGUCAAGGUAGAGCAGGUGGAAAUCUACAAACACGUUAUCUAUCAUCAUCCCUGCCACUGUACUGCAGCAGCGGCUGAGAAGUGAGGAGAGGAUGGCCAGCCCUCCUGUUCCCGGACAGCCAGUUCUGCCCGCUGCUGGCUCUAACCUCAACCACAAUAACAACAACAACAGCAGCUAUGUAAAGAAGUGUGGCUAUCUACGCAAGCAGAAGCAUGGCCACAAGCGCUUUUUUGUGCUCAAAGAGCCUGGAGAUGGGUGCCCAGCUGCCAGGCUUGAAUACUACGAGAGCGAGAAGAAGUGGAGGAGCAAGUCUGCAGCACCCAAAAGGGUAAUUUCUCUGGACAAUUGUCUUAAUAUUAACAAAAGGGCAGAUGCGAAAAACAAAUACCUGAUUGCCCUUUACACUCGGGAUGAGUAUUUUGCAGUGGCGGCAGAGAACGAGCAGGAGCAGGAAAGCUGGUAUCGGGCUCUCACAGAGCUGCUUGGCACCGGCAGAGGAGAGCGAGACAGAAAUGGCUGUGUAGUUAGCGGAGGAUGCUGCUGUUCAGGAAGCACCAGCUGCAGUGCAAACUGCAGCAGCCACCUGACACUGAGUGAGGACCCAAACUAUGGACUGAUAACACCAGCCAAUGCAGCUUACAGAGAGAUUUGGCAAGUAAACUUGAAGCCCAGAGGUUUGGGCCAGAUUAAAAGUCUGACUGGUGUGCAUCGACUUUGCCUGUCUGCAAGAAGCAUCAGUUUUGUGCGGCUGAAUAGUGAGGCACCCUCGGUCACCCUACAGUUGAUGAAUAUCCGACGUUGUGGUCACUCUGACAACUACUUCUUUGUAGAGGUUGGUCGUUCUGCUUCCACUGGACCAGGGGAGAUCUGGAUGCAAGUUGAGGACAACGUGGUUGCCCAGAGCAUUCAUGAGACUAUUUUGGAAGCUAUGAAGGCCAUGAAGGAGUUGGCUGAAUUUAGGCCUCGUAGUAAAAGCCAGUCUUCUAGUUCUAACCCUAUUACAGUUCCAGGGAGACGUCAUCAUUCUCGGUUGCCUCCAAGCCAGACAGGACUGUCCAGAAGGACCCGUACAGAUUUUCCUCCCUCUUCUUCUAGUGUUCCUAUAAAUCAAUCUUCCCGCCUCCGCACUGCUAGUGAAGGUGAUAACUUAAGCCACAGCACAGUCAUAAGUAGUCCCUUAAGUCCUAGUAUUCUCCGAGCACCACUAAGCCGUUCUCAUACAGUAAGCUUGGGUGGUCGCAAUGGAAAAUUGUUUCCAGCACCAGGACCCCUGCAACACAGUAGGUCCAUGUCCAUGCCAGUUCCCCAGUCUCCACCAUCAGCUGCAAGUCCAAUUAGCUUGUCUUCUGGAAGUAGUGGUCAUGAGUCUGCCUCUGAUCCUCUUAUUCCUCAAAGACCUUCUAGUUGCAACGCUUCAGCUUCUGGGUCACCUAGUGACACAGGUUUCUUGUCCUUGGAUGAAUAUAGCUCUAGUCCAGGAGAACUGGCACGUGCAUAUUUGAGCUGUAGGAGUGGAACUCCAGAUUCUGUGUCAGGUACUCCACCCCACUCAGGGGACAUGAAUGGAUACAUGUCCAUGGAUAAACCAUUUCCAAGUGGCUGUGCAUGUCUUGCUCGGCGAUUAGAAAGUUCAGUACUUGAAAAAUGCCACCGAAAGAGAACAUACUCCUUAACAACCCCAGGAAGACAAAAAGUUACAACUCCUCAACUAUCCUCUGCUUCCCUUGAUGAGUCUACUCUGAUUCGUGCCACAUUUAAGGGAAGUCCUAGUCUUUUGUCUUCAUCUCCCAAAACAUGCCAUCCUUAUCCAGAGGACUAUGCAGAUGUGGAGAUCGGACGUAAUGAAGAUGAUGGGUACAUGCCAAUGAGUCAUGGGACAGCUACUGUUUCUUCUUCCACAGAUUAUGUUCCCAUGAGCCCAGCUAGUGUGUCUGCACCUCAGCAAAUUCUUCACCCACGUUACUCCACAGAGUCCUCUGCAGGGUCUCAGGAGAACUCACCAGACGGUUAUAUGCCUAUGUGGUGUGGUCCAAAAGCACGACCAGUACCUGUGCACCAUCGAGUUUCACCUGCAGAGUCGCUAUCAUUUACUCCCCCUGAUUAUUUCUUCAUGCAGCCUAAAAAUAAUUGUUCCUGUCAAAAUAACACAAUGCCAUAUCAGACUAUCAGUCGUGCAGAUGCAGAACCAUAUGUGAUGAUGAAGUCCCCGGCUUCCUCUUCACCACAUGGUCGAGCAGCUCGACCAUCCCGACUUGCCUUGCGCACUCUUCCCAGUAUGAGUGAGCAUCCUCCAGAACCACCUAGCCCACCUGGAGGGGAAUAUAUUCAUAUAUACUUUGGAGAGACAAGGUCCCAAGAUAAUCUGCCUUUGCCUCCCCCACCUGCUCUUUCAGAUUCUACACCUCUGUCUGCUGCUGGAAGUCCAUCAUCAUCUUCGUCUGGGUCAGAGCCUCAGCAAUCUCCAAUUUCAGACUACAUGAAUUUGGAUUUUGGCCCUCUAUCUCCAAAGUCAAAAGUCUCACCAAACUUAUGUCCAAACUCUGACUACACGGAAAUGAGUCCAAGGAAGUCUCCAACACAAUCAUCUGUUCCUGUGUCUUCAACAGAUAAUCAAACAUUACCUAUAGAAGGCACAGUGUCUGGUGUGCAGCACCUUACUUUGCUCAUGGACCAGAUAAAUGGGGGCUUUAAUCUACACAGUCCUCCACCAGAUCCUAACAGGGGCGCAAAGGUUAUUAGGGCAGACUCACAAGGUGGCCGCCGUCGUCACAGCUCAGAGACCUUCUCUUCUACUACACAAGUGACUCCUGUUUCUCCUUCCUUUGCACAUAGUCCGAAGAGACACAGCUCAGCCUCGGUGGAGAAUGUGUCCCUAAGACCAGGAGAAACAUUAGAGACUGGUGAAUGUGGCAGUCCGAUGUGCAGGGAAACCUCAGCUGGAUUUCAGAACGGACUGAACUACAUUGCCAUUGAGCUGUCGCCUGAAGAUCGAAACUUAUUGCUGCUAACACAAGCCUCUUCCAGGGGGCACUUGCCUGCUCUUGGACUUGCCAGUAUGGACAUUGGAUCUUAUCCAAGCAUAGAUUUCCUGGGACAUAGGAUGAAGGGUGCCACCACUGUCAGAGAGUGAAGGCGGUGGCUCAGAACCUCACCACACUACAGAAGAGAUCUACGGGCCUACUUUGUGACCAAAUGCUGCUAAAGUCUCACUCCUUCCGCUCAUGCGGGUUUGAAUCGAUUCCGCUCAGGUACACAAGUGGUGGACAUACUUCAGAGACCUGCUUCAAUGUAAUUAAAUGGCAUUAUUUUUCUUCUGUCAUAUUCCCACGGAUGACACAAAGACAACCAUGUACUUUCAAGUUCACAUUGAAUGACGAGGCCUUCAUCAAACUUCCUUAUUUAUUCUUCAGUAGACCAAGACAUGGCAGUAACCAUCAGAGUUAUUGGAGAUGAAGAGUACCAGUUGCCCUACCUCAGAAAAUGAAUGAAAAUAAUCAAUGAAGAGGAUUUUUGUGUUUCAUUUUGGUUGUGCAAUGAAGAUUCUGCAGAAAUUGUUCAGCAUUAUUAUAUGAUAAAUUUAUAAUAUAUUGCUUUAUGGAUCAAAAUCUAUUGGCUGCACAGUUUACUUGGGAAAAUGGACACACUAUGGUAACCAGUGACUAGGGAAAUGGAAGAGCAAUGCUUUGGUGCACACGUGCUGUUCCUAUUUCCAAAGGUGGACCAAAAAUGUUACUAAUGAACGUAUUGUACUCCAUGUUACGCUGCAUGCACUACGCGGUUCCUCCCUCUAGACUGAUCAAGCUCAAUGAUUUCUAUUAAUAAUCAUUAGGGUGUACGUUUUCAGCAACCAGUGAUUUUGUGUGAUGCCACACCUAUCUUCAUGUCCUAAUGACUUCCUCACAGGUACUUUGUUAGCAUAUGCUACAUAAAUUUUAAUAUUGAUUGUAGGAAUACAGACACAGACGCACACAUAGCUGCAUUGCUGUUAACCAAAAACAUCCAUAUAUUUUAUAUCUUGGAGGAUUUACCUAAGUAAUGCGCUGUUACCACCCUGAAAUUAUUCGCCCGGCCACUUGGCUUGGUUCUUCCUGGUUGAACAAUACACUGCAGUAAUGUCUUGUAGAUGCCACAAAGCGGCCCUGUUUGAGAUGUGCCGAUUCGCACGCUCGGAAAGUGGCACAUGCACUUUUUUGUUUUCAGUGUACUGGAAAAUGCAACCUUUGCAGCAUUACACAUUUCGGAAAGGGCUGCAUUCUCACUUAUCAAUAUUUCACAGCUUAUUUUUGAGGCUACUUUCACAUUAGCGGUUUUCAAUGCCGCUAUUGAGAUCCGUCAUAGGGUCUCAAUAGCGGAAGAAAAAGCUUCAGUUUUGUCCCCAUUCAUUGUCAAUAGGGACAGAACGGAACGAAACAGAAUGCACCAAAAUGCUGAAUGUCUGUGAUUUUUUAUUUUUAGUUUAUUUAAAAAAAAAUCGGAGUGCAAACAAUCUGCGAUCUAAAAGGCUGAAUGGUGGUGGUCAUCAGUUAAAUCAUAUUCUUGGCAUUGAACCAUGUAAUGAUGAAAUUGAAAAGCUUCAUGUCUUCCUACUUGCUCAACAAAAGUCUUACUAACAUGGAUUGUAUUGCCAGACAAAAAUGAAUGUAAAUUCAUAUCUUUUUUCUAUUGCUCCUUUUUAUAGUUUGAUUCUUGUUGGAAGAGGAAGGUAGUGCUUCAUAAACCGGUUGUGCGAGUUAUUGGCCUGUUUAUGUAUAGCGUAGUUUUUCUAUGUAAAUGUAAUGUACAGAUGUAAAACUUUCUAAACUAUUUUGGCCUGGACUCCAGAUAAAUUGGACUUAAUAUUUGCUACGUAUGAACCAUAAUAGCACUGAUCAUUCUUAACUGCUGACGUCAAUAUUUGAUUUAUACUAAGAAUAUGUUUCGAAAUAAGAUUGAUUUACUAGAGCAGUUGGGCAUAACGGGCUUAAAUCGACUUCAACUCUGUACAUUUUCACAUAAGGCAUAUGCAAUAUUUAAAAGUAACGUUUAGUUUACAGAGUGCAACCAAAAUGUACAGGUUUUGCAGAAACACCAUAAUGUAUAUUUAAAUCUUUAUACAUUCUUGCCCAGUGUCCCUUAAAUUUAAAAUAUUUUGCUAUCGUAAACUUAAGAGGUAUCAAACAGUAUUUUAUUCUUUCUCUACUGGGUACAUAAUGUUUCUGAAUAUCAAGAUGUUAAAUAUAUUUCAAUCGUGGUAUGACAAGAGACUUUAUCUUGCAGUGUCUUCCGAUGUACAGUGGAAUAUAUAUAUAUAUAUAUAUAUAUAUAUAUAUAUAUAUAUAUAUAUAUAUAUAUAUAUAAAUUCCUAUAAAAUAAUGAUGAGAUGCUGCUGGAGACAACAAACAAAACUAGGGUAGUACAUUGUAUGUAGUCUUUAUUGAUCUUGGAUGCUGUCUUAAUAGCCAUAUGCAAUAAAUACAUUAUUUAUGAUAGGAUUUUUGAGUGUGCUUUCUGUGGAUUUGUAACUUCAAAAAUAAUGAUGAUAUGAUUAUUCUAAUUUAUUAUUUCAUUUUUCAUUAUGACAUAAUUACAGUGUGCACCGCUACACUUAAAGGGGUUCUCCGGGCUUUUAAUAUUGAUGACCUAUCCUGAGGAUAGGUCAUCAAUAUCAGAUGCACGCCAUGCCAGCGCUGCCUCCUCUUCACUGUUUACC